AUGGGCGUCGAAGUCACAGAACCAACUAGCGCGCAGCUCCGUGCCGAGUUGGCGUACAAAAACCGAUGGCGGACUCUUUGGAAUAAUCCGAAGAUUAUCUUCAUUGCCUUUUUCGCUUCCUUUGGUGGUUUUGAAUAUGGCUACCAGCAGGGUGUCCUCGGCCAGUCUUUGGUCAUGACCAAGUUCGUGGACAAUUUCCCGUCCAUCGUGAAUUCGCCCGGUGCAACAGGGUGGUUGACUUCUAUCCUUCAACUGGGUGGUAUUCUGGGUUCGCUUACCGCCGGUAUCUUCGGCGAGGUUUUCUCACGGAAGUAUACCAUGUUCUCUGCCUGUUGCUGGGUGAUCCUUGGUAGCUACCUGUAUAUUGGUGCUACUUACCACAAUCCGGCAAUGCUUUACGCUGGUCGGUUCUUCACCGGUGUGGGUGUAGGAACCUUCAGUGGUGUUGGGCCACUCUACAACGCUGAAAUCGCUGCCCCCGAGCUUCGUGGUCUCCUGGUAUCAUUCUACCAGUUCGCCACGAUCUUGGGUAUCAUGUUGUCCUUCUGGAUUGGCUAUGGCGCCAACUACAUUGGCGGCACCGGUGAAGGGCAGACAAACCUGGCGUGGAUGCUCCCCUCCAUCAUCCAAGGUAUUCCUGCCGUCCUCCUUGCGCUCGGUAUAUGGUGGCUUCCAUUCUCCCCUCGUUGGCUGGUCAAACAAGGACGGGAUGAGGAGGCGUUAAACACCAUCUCAUACCUCCGCAAGCUUCCCAUUGAUGACGAGCUCGUCCAAAUUGAGUUCAAGGAAAUCAGAGCCGAGCGCAUCUUCGAGCAGCGGAACUUCACUAAGAAGUUCCCUAGCCUGGCUGAGAAGGGUUCGAACGUCUUCGUCCGCGAGUUCGCUCAAUAUUGGGAUAUCGUCCGAACGUGGGACAACUUCAAGCGCGUGUCCACGGCGUGGCUGGUCAUGUUCUUCCAGCAGUGGUCAGGAAUCGACGCCAUCAUCUACUACGCAGCUCAAGUCUUCCAAAGCCUCGGCUUGACUGGCGGGACCACGGCGCUGCUUGCCACCGGUGUGACCGGCGUCGUCUUCCUCGUCAGCACUCUGCCCGCAAUGGUCAUCAUUGACAAAGUCGGACGAAAGCCCAUGCUGCUCGUCGGUUCCGUGGUGAUGCUGGUCUCCAUGGUCCUUGCCGGAAUCAUCGUCGCAAAGUGCCAACAUGAUUGGGUCGCCAACAAGGUCGCGGGUUGGGUCGCGGUGGCCUUCAUUUGGGUUUAUGUCGGUGCAUUUGGUGCCACUUGGGGACCUGUCUCUUGGACGUUGGUUUCGGAGAUCUUCCCUCUGUCGAUUCGAUCGAAGGGUGCUUCCAUCGGUGCCUCCAGCAACUGGCUCAACAACUUUGCCGUCGCCUUCUACGUUCCCCCUAUGUUCGAAACUUUGGAGUGGGGUACCUACAUCUUCUUCGCCGGUUUCCUUGCUGCUGGUAUCGCCUGGGUGUUCUUCUACCUUCCUGAAACUAAAGGUGCCACUCUCGAAGAGAUGGACCGGGUAUUUGGCAGCAAGGUUGGUGCGGAGGAUGCAAUUCUCCUUGCCGAAGCACGGCAAGAAGUUGGCUUGAACGCCUCCGUUGAGAACAUUGCGAUUGAAUCCAUCAGCGAGAAGAUGUCUGGAGGAAAAGUCUAG